UUUGAAUUUCGGCUGUUAUUUCGUGAAAGUCAGUAAAGAACGUUCGGCAGUUGUUGGUGGUACACUAUAGCAGGGGAAGCAACUCAAAGGAUGAGGAACGAGAAGAUAAAUGGUCUUGCUGGCAAGAGCCAAAUUCAAUAUGGGAGGAGAAGGCGUUCGCACAAGUCACGUUCCUCGAACACAGAAACGGCACAUAAAUCCGCCCUAAACGCCAGUUCUGCUGAGAAUUUAGUUUUGAAACUAGACAAGAAUUCUGUAAGAUUUGCCAAGUGCUUAGACGAGAAGUUCUCCAGUAUACGCGAGAGACAAACUAUUAAAGUUUUUAAUUCCAUUUUCAACGUAGAUAAUAAUUCGAGGCACUCUAGAAAGGAUAAAGCUCAGUGUGUCGAGGUUCGAGCAGCAACGGAUGAACGGAAAGCUUCAGAAACCAAAGAAAAUGACCAGUCAGCGAAGGGAGCAAUUAGCAGAAGCGACAAGCCAAUUCCGGCGCGCCCUUCAAAUCCUCUGAGAUUCAAGACUGAACUUUGCAGGGCUCACGAGGAGGGUGGACAUUGCAGAUUUGGUAUUUCUUGUACUUUUGCUCAUGGACAAGAGGAACUUAGAUCGAUCGCCAGACACCACAAAUACAAAACUGAGCAAUGUCGGAGUUACCAUUCGAUAGGUUAUUGCCAGUAUGGUACGCGCUGUCACUUCAUACAUGAUUCGGAUGACAUGGCUACUGUUGUCCCAUUUGCCAAGCCAGGUUCACAGGGGCUUUACGAAUGCUUUGGUCCGUCAAAAAAUAAUUUGCUAGAGUCUAUUGGUCUGAAUUUAAAAUCUCCUUUAGACGAAAAUGUGAGAGGGAAAAGCCCCGGCACCUUAGAGACUGCAGAUCAGUACAAGGGCCUCUUCGAUUCACCUAAACAGCCUGCAGAUAAUGCUGCUCUUAAAAGUUCUCUAGCUUAUAUGGAGCUAUUCUUACCAUCACCACCUGCCAAGACGUCAGAAAAGUUCAUGGAGAUUUCGUUAUCGCCGCAGUCAAUUGAACUAGAUAUUUGUAAGGAUCUCUUCUCUCGAACAUCCAUGGAAAUAUUGAAUAAUUCACCAGAGAAGUUUUCAUUCCCACUUGCAGAAUCUCCUAAAUAUACGACGGUUUUCUCACAAAGUUCCAUUCGCGAAGAAACUUCCAAAUUCAAUAAAUCCCUUGAGUCUUCACCCAAAAGGUCCAGAUUAAGCUUGACAAAUAAUAUUGAGGAAGAUGCAGAAUAUCUACUGUUUCAUAACUCUGCACAUGACUGGGGAAGGAACUUUGGCAUGAAUCCAUGGCGCAGUGUAUCUCCGAAAGGUUUGAGUGGGCUUGAUGCUAAUUCCUCCCGAGAGGCGUGGUGGAGGGCACUCGGAUCUAGUCCUGCCCCGGAGGCUUCCCCUGCUGAAACUCCUAAGAAGUCCAAUUCGACUGAUCCAGCGCUGCAAGCCAGGCCUGUCAUUGACAAUCCAUUCAGAAAUACAGAAACUCUGUCUUGUGCCGUUGCUGAGUCUGUGAUUUCGGAACCACCCGAGCUGACAUGGGACAUGAGAUUACCCAUGAUUAAGGAAUUUUAUCCAAAGAUAUUAUCUUAGUUUUGAAUAUAUUAAGUUUUAAUCCUCUUAAAAUCAUUUGAGAAAGUUAUGCUAACGAUCGGUAUCAGAUUGUAGAUAACCAUUAAUAUGAACGAGGGAGCAUUAGUUUCUGAACUUCUUGUCUAAUUUUAAAUGGAAAAUUGUGCUUAGACUUACCAAAGAUUUAGUAUAGGUUUUUGACUUUAUGAUUAAUGGCAAGCUUUUAAUUAAUGGCUAGCUUUUAUUAUUUAACUAUCUAAAAGCUAAGUAAUGAAGUUCAAGGUAGGUAACUUUAUUUCAGGUACGCGUGUACUUAACUUAUAUAUUAAGUAAAUUUAAGUGAACUUUUAGUUAAAAUUUACUUUGUAAAGUAAGCUGGUGUCUUAUAAUGUGAAGCAGCUAUAAUGUAGGAUAGUAACAAAACUGUCAGACUGAAUUGUUGGUUUGUAAGUAGACGACCACUGCAACUGUGGUAUUUCUGUUACGGUAAAAUGUCUGGUUUUAUUCUAUUUGACAAAUUUCCAGAUUUAGUCGAAGAUACGCUAGAUAGUUAAUAUACUAGAGAAUUAAUAAAUUUUAAACCCUUU